CACUUGGCCACUGGCCAUGAGCAUCUGCCACGCCCGCACCAUGUGUUCGCACGUCUUUGUUUGGUUGCGAAGCAGACGUCACCGGCGCACAUGAGCACCCCUCGCCCGUUGUCGCGGCUAGUGGGAAAUUGCGUCGAUUUCGCGAUUUUCAUCCGGAACGAGAGGCUGAGGCUUGGCUGCUGACUGCGACAACAACACCGAGUAACAGGCAACAAAGUGCGAGAUGUCUGAGUAGAGCAGACAGAGGUAAGUACAGCUCGGUAGGCCUCUCAUGUCAGACGUCAAAGUCUCUCCCUCAAUACUCGUUUGUCGUCAAACCACAAAAACAUCAUGUUCGCUGGUGCAGUCCAGAUGCUGGUACCAGCGCGAAGAGCCUCACCUUUUUCAACACGCCAACUGCACAGCCUACCAGGCUUGAGCACCCAACUCGCCCCACUAUCCAGGAGACACAUCUCCUCACACAAAGCCGUCCCACCUCAAGAGAACUCGGCGUCGUCUUUCAACUUGUGGGCUCAGAUUCGGGAGGCGCGACCAGCAGUACGCUACACUGUCUAUGCUGGUCUCGGACUGAUGGCGACAGCCGAGACAACUUUCUGGUUCAAUGUCAUCAAAUCCAAGUACUUCCCGUCAAAAAAUGCCGAAGAGCAAGACGAGGCUGCACAGUUCCUGGAAGACUUGAGAGCAGUAAUCAAAGGCUACAGAGCUGUCUGGAUGCAGAACUACAAUCGAUACUACGGCGCAUAUGUCUGGGGCGCUGACUAUAGUGGACUCGAUGGGUUACGCGGUUGAUUGCGAAGAGGUGUGCAAGUGAGGCGGUAAUACGGUCUAUUCUCUGCUCUAGGGUAUCAUAAAUAUACAGCAGAUCGACACUCCAUAACAAGAAUUUGAUACAUACACAAAAGGAAAGCUACGGCCAGCAAGUAUGUUUGAAAUCAGCACUUGAGAAUCAACAUGCAUCACUGGCUUGAACCAUCGAUGGCGGACGUGUCAGCAUCAGCACUUCAGAAUCGACUCUAUCCGCGAUCCAUCGAAACCUUGAACCCACCUUCAAGUUCGACUGACUGAUGGCUUCUGCCCUCUCUGACGUUUGAGCUUUAGCCAAAAGCUAGAUCGUUUUGUAGGCGACGACGGUGGCUGGGGUGUAGCCGCUGACGCUGGACUCGGAGUUGUCGUAGCUGAGGGUUGUUGGGCGUUGAUUAUCUGAGCUUGUUCAAGUGUGUCCAUUUCCCUUUGC